AUGGAGGGAUCCCUUCUCCCGUCCUUGCUAAUUCUACUGCUGUCCUUAGCCCUGGGAACUGCUGGACAAGACGAUCAGGGUGACAAGAGUGGGGACAAGAUCAUCGAUGGCUUCCCGUGUGAAAGAGGCUCCCACCCGUGGCAGGUGGCCCUGCUCAAGAACAGCCAGCUGCACUGCGGGGGCGUGCUGCUCGACGAGCGCUGGGUGCUCACCGCCGCCCACUGCAGGAUGAGGCAGUACAACGUGCACUUGGGCAGUGAUCGGCUGGGGGACAAGAGUGCCCAGAAGAUCAGGGCCUCAAAGUCAUUCCGACACCCUGGCUACUCCACCAAGACCCACGCGAACGACCUCAUGCUUGUGAGGCUAAACAGCCCGGCCAGGCUGUCGUCAAAAGUGAAGAAGGUCGACCUGCCCUCCAGCUGCGAACCCCCGGGCACCACAUGUACUGUCUCUGGCUGGGGCACCACCACCAGCCCUGAUGUGACCUUUCCAGCAGCACUCAUGUGCAGUGAUGUGCAGCUCAUCUCCUCCAAGGACUGCAAGAAGGUUUACAAGGACCUCCUGGGGAAAACCAUGCUGUGUGCUGGUGUCCCUGACUCCAAGACCAACACCUGCAACGGUGACUCAGGAGGACCAUUGGUGUGCAAAGGUACCCUGCAAGGUAUAGUGUCCUGGGGAACUUUCCCUUGUGGCCAACCCAAUGACCCAGGUGUCUACACCCAAGUCUGCAAGUUUACCAGUUGGAUAAAAGAGACCAUGAAAAGGUAUCGCUAA